CGGGGCACAGCGGUCGCGCGCGCGGGCGCCCCGGAGAUCCGUGGGCGCAAAGCCCGCGUCGCCUGCCCCCAAAAAAUCUGGAGGGGAAGUGAGACAGGAGGGCGAGAAGCAGAAGGGCAAGGACGGAAGGGAGCAGGACAAGAGGAGGAGCAGGAGCAGGAGCAGGAGCAGGAGCAGGAGCAGGAGGUGGAGGCCGCCCCGAGGCAGGCGCACUGUUCUGCAGCGUGCCGGGGAGGCGUGCCAGCGCGGGCCCCGGGGGGCCCCCGGCGCCAAGGCACGCGCCGAGCAAUUCUGGGCGCUCCGGCCUGCGGGCGGGGGAGCAGCACGGGCUUUUACGGCCAGAGGCCCCGAGGGCGGCAGCACCAGCAAUCUCCCGACGGGGAGGGGGGCCCCCCCGAUGUCGGUGCUGGCUGCAGCUUCCAGGCCUCCGAGACAGGAGGGGAUUGCACUCCGCCUCAAUUUACCGCCGCGCCAGCGACGGAAAAGCUGGCAGCAUGCGCGCUCGCCCCGGCCACUUCGCGGACGCCAGGCCAGCCAGAGCGUCUUCCUCCUCUUCCUCCCC